CUUCUUCUUUGUCUCUCUCAUUCUUCUCCUUUUCUUCUUCAAACUUUUUAUUUUCAAAUUUUGAUUUCCUAAUCAAACUCUAUAAACUUUUAGUAAGAAUCUAUUUCUUCUUAUAAGUUUGAAGGUUUUGAGCUUUCAUAAUCAAGGGAAACAAAGAUUUAAGAUUUUCUUGAAGUUGUGACGAUGAUUCUGGCGAGCGGUGGAGUUGUAUGAAUAGUGUACGACACAAGUUUCUCGCGGGAUCACUCGAGUAUAUAUUAACUUUCACCAAUCCAAUCCAAUCCACACCUCAAUUUUCUCAGGAAAGUAAAUGCACCUCCGAUCUCCGCCGGAGUCCUGACAAACGGAUCUGACAUCAGCAACAUCAAGAACAAGUAGUUGCAAGAGAUUAAAAUCGUAUCUUCAAUUCUCAAAUUUAGUUUUCAGCCUCAGCUCCAGAUUUUUUCUUUAAAUCUGGACUAGAAAUUAUUCGGAGAAAUUUAAAUAUAUUUUCUCUUUCAAGAAUUGGCGAAUUUAACAAAAAUAUUACAGCGGUGGAUGGAGCUUCCUCAGCAACAACGUAUCUUUGAAGCCGAAGAAGUAUAUUUUGUACAGGAAGAAAACCAACGCAUAACUUUCUAUCGCUGUACAGUCAUUCAACUGUCCAACAAGAUCCAAGACCACCUUCUUCUCAAGGUUACCUUAAAACCCAUGAUUUUCUACAACCACUGGAGCGAAUAGGGAAGACUGCUGCAAAAGAAGAAACAGCGGCUGAGGUUUCAUCGCAUGAAAAGCCAUCACCGCCUGCACUACCACCCUCAAUGGAGCAUACCCUCCCCGGAGGAAUUGGGACUUACAGUAUUAGUCACAUUUCUAAUUAUUUCAAUCAAAAAGUUCCAAAGCCAGAGGGCAGCCCCAUAUUCACUGUCGCUCAAGCAAGUAGUAUCGAGAAAAAUGAAGAGCAUUCCAACUGCAGUUCAUAUACAGGAAGUGGAUUCACUUUGUGGGAAGAAUCUGCAAUCAACAAGGGAAAGACAGGGAAGGAGAAUGUAGGAGAAAGAUCCAACGCCGUGACAGAAGAAGCGGCAGGCAAUGUGGACCGGUGGACGACGCCGGAGAGGCCGUCUCAGUCAUCAACGAACAACCACCGCAAUAGUUUCAGCUCUCUCUCGUCCUCUCAGCCAUCAGGACAGAAGAGCCAGAGCUUUAUGGAAAUGAUAAAAUCAGCCAAAGAUAGUUCCCAGGAUGAUAAAUUAGACGAGGAGGAAGAGUUUGUUCUUAAAAAAGAGACCCCUUCGCCAAUCCGUAAAGGGGAGUUGAGAGUAAAAGUGGAUGGGAAGAGCACUGAUCAGAAGGCUAACACUCCACGUUCAAAACAUUCGGCCACUGAGCAACGGAGGAGAAGCAAAAUAAAUGACAGAUUUCAGAUGUUGCGAGAACUCAUUCCUCAUGGUGACCAAAAGAGAGACAAGGCAUCAUUCCUAUUAGAGGUUAUCGAGUAUAUUCAGUUUUUACAUGAGAAAGUACAUAAAUAUGAAGGGUCGUACCAAAGAUGGAACAAUGAACCUGCAAAAUUGGUGCCAUGGAGAAAUGGUAGCAGGAGUGUAGAAAGUUAUGUGGAUCAAUCUCGAGGCUCAAAUAGUGGUGCUGGUCCUGCAUUACUAUUUGCAGCAAAAUUAGAAGAGAAAAACAUCAACCUCUCUCCUAGCGUUCCGGGAAGUGCACAGAACCGUGUAGAAUCUGAUGUCAACUCUGCUACUACCUUCAUGGUGGAUCACUAUCCUGGAAUGACAAAUAAAGGAAUUCCCUUUCCUGUGUCACUGCAGCCAAACUUCUUCAACUGUGGCAGAAAUGGUGGUGCAGUGGCUCAACUUCCACCUAGACUGGUAUCAGAUGUUGAGAACACGGCAUCUCAACCUGAGUCCCAAUCAAAUCAAACUAGAUCAUGUACCACUGAGGGUGCUGUAGCUGUUGAUAAGCUGAAAGAACAGCAGCUGAGCAUUGAAGGUGGUACAAUUAACAUCUCAAGUGUGUACUCUCAAGGGUUGCUAAAUACUCUGACACAAGCCCUGCAGAGUUCAGGAGUAGAUUUAUCACAGGCCAGCAUCUCAGUUCAAAUCGAUCUGGGGAAACGAGCAAAUAGACAAUCAAACAUUCCGACAUCCAUUAAUAAGGAUAAUGAGGUUCCUUCUUGUAAUCAAGGAACAAUACGGCCAAGAGUAUCAAGUGGAGAGGAAUCUGAUCACGCCCUAAAGAAGCUGAAGACAAGUAAAAGCUAGGACAGGAUGACAGAGUCAUAAUAUUUUUUUUUACUUAAUUUAUUCAUUAUUUUUCUGAAACACCCUUUUUGCCAUUAAUGGGGGGUUAUUCAUGUCGUCUUCUGGAUUAUAAACUACCCAGUUGAGACCAAAGAGAUGAUUGUACAUGUUAGUUGUUUCCAGUUUGUCGGGAUGCACAGAAUUCCUGACAAACAAAUAUAUGUUUUUUUCGUUUGCCUUUUUGUGUAUUCUCUCAAACACAGCUUCCAUAUUCUAAUGUCGAGAAGCUGCUAUUUGGUUAAGGCUUUAAUAUUUACGUGAAGUUUCUAAACCAUUAAUCAUUA